AUGUAUUCGUUCUGGAACUCCACCAGGCUACUGUUCUAUGUGUGUUCUCUGAUUCUCACUCCUUUCUCACUUCUUUCUCCACUAGGCCUCCUGUCUGUGUGGCUCUGCUCCGUGUCUGCUAUGUGGCUGCUGUCCCUCCUCCAGAAACUCCACCGUCACCCGGCUGGUGUUCUCCUUCUUUCUACUCCUAGGGACCCUGGUGUCUGUCAUCAUGAUCCUCCCUGGCAUGGAGGCACAGCUCCAAAAAGUAAGACACUCCUGUCAGUGUGUCUGUGUGUUAGUGGUGCUGUUAGUUCAGCUGUUUGGUCACCCGCACCUGCCCGCAAUUACUAAUAACCCAUCCGCAACCUCCCGACUAUAUGUGAUACACUGAAAAUCUGAGGCCCGUACCCGACCCUAACCCGCAAAUAUCGAAAAUGCACUUAGGCUACAUUCCGAGACAACGGAACGAUUUUUUGACGGGGUGCAAGUUUUUUUUGGCCUAAUUUAGAUAUGUUUCUGCUUAUAAUUUCCGACAUUUUGGUAGGCUAUUUGUAAGUCAACUUGUCUAAUUAGACCAGAAUAAUGUAAUAAAUUAUAGAAUGGAUGCUUCAAUCUAGUUGACAUCGGUAAAGUUUGCUCUGUCAUCUCUGCUUCUUUCACGGAGCAAAGACAUUUAGGGACCGGGGCGAAAAUGCAAUAACAAAAACAAAAGGGAAAGUUUUGUUGUGCAAAAUUUCCAAAUUACAUCAGUUUGAUCGGUUGUAAGGAAUCGAAAGCUGUGAAAACAACCCAGAAUGUUUCUGAUAAGAUAUCAGUUUGGCUUGUAUAUAUCACAAGUGUAGAGAGGAGUAGGCAAGAGGCAGUCGCAGGUUUAGAACUACUGAAUAUAUUACUGCACCAAAGCUUAAAGCGGGACGAAACCCACAGUACAAAAUAUAAAGUACUCAGGAAUUAGUAGGAGAGAUACCUCUCAGAAAAACAAGCAACAUAUACAAUGACCGACAAAGACAACUAACAGAGGGAGGAUAUAUACAUUGAUAGAAUGGGGAUUGGAACCAGGUGUGUGUAAUGAUUACGAGACAAGUCCGGAGUUCAUGAGUGAAGGGCGUUUGCCAGCAGCAGGUUCGGCAGCAGCUAGAAGGCCGGCGAUGCCUGACCUGGACAGGACGGGCAGCUAAAGCGAAGGCGCUGCUCCAGCAGCGGGGAGACGCCGACCUUGGGGACGACCCAUUCGGCCAGGUACUGGAGAGACCCCGCACGACGCCUUGAGUCCAACAGCCUGCGGACAGAGUACGCCGGGGAUCCCUUGACUUCCAAGGGAGGGGGAGGUGCGUCAUGGGGUCCAGCACUAGCCAAGGGACCAGCUGCCACCGGCCUGAGGAGAGAUACAUGAAAUGAGGGUGAGAUACGGUAAUUGACGGGGAGCUGUAAUCUGUACGUCACCUCAUUGAUUCUCCUCAGGACUUUGAACGUCCCCACAAACUGCGGGCUCAGCUUCCGGCAGGGCAGGCAGAGGGGCAGGUCCUUCGUAGAAAGCCAGACCCUGUCACCAGGGUGAAAGACCGGGGCCACACUGCGGUGACGAUCGGCAUGCGCCUUCUGCCGGAGGACGACCCGCUGGAGACCGGUGUGCGCUGUGUUCCCUUACCUCCUUGGCGCGCCGGAACCAAUCUUCCACCGCAGGAGCCUCGAUCUGACUCCGGUGCCAGGGCCGGCUGAUAGCCUAGAACACACUGAAAGGGUGUGAGGUUAGUGGAGGAGUGACGGAGAGAGUUUUGGUCCACAACGACCAGGACGGUGGUGUGCCCCUCCGAGGGGGGAAGGUCUGUGACAAAGUCCACAGAGAGAUGGGACCAGGGUCGUUGUGGAGCCGACAGCGGGUGGAGUUUGCCAUAGGGGAGGUGUCUCGGUGUCUUACUCUGUGCGCAGGUGGAGCAGGAAGAGACGUAAACCCGGACGCCCCGGGCCAAGGUGGGCCACCAGUACUUGGCGGAGAGACAGUCGAUAGUACGGGCUAUACCCAGGUGCCCCGACACUGGUGCUGUGUGUGCCCAGGCAAGGAGACGGUCCCGCACAUCAGAGGGCAUGUUGAUACGCCCCUCGGGACUGUGACGGGUGAGGACUCCUGUCACAGGGCUCGAAGGAUGUCCACAUUCCACACGACAGGAGCCUCAAUGAGGGACAGGGGAAUAAUGGGUGUCACCUAGGCCACCUUUAGGUCCUGGUAUUCCUCCGGGAUAGGGACGUGGGUGGCCUGGUCCGGACUUUCCACAGAGGUGGCACAGAUUGACACUGAGAGACACCUCCUCUGACACUACUGCGACCAACCCAACAACCACCUCUCUGUCCACGAUAUACUGGGGUUAUGCAACUGUAGCCAGGGGAAACCUAAAACUACGGGGUGUGCAGGAGAGUCUAAGAUGAGGAAAGUGAUGCAUUCAUGGUGGUUGUGAUUAACUGUGAAGGAAAUGGGAAUCGUGGUCUGGCGCACCAGUCCUGUUUCUAGGGGAUGGUUGUCUAGGGCAUGGACUGGGAUAGGGGGUUGUGAAGGGACUGGAGGAAUGCGUAAUGAUAAGGCCACUGACCGGUCUAGGAAAUUGCCUGCAGCACCUGAGUCCACUAGGGCAGGACUCAGUGGGGGACCAUGAUAGUCAGGGAAGGUGACAGGGAGGAGGACGGGCUGGGUGGACAGAGAGGAGAAAGGCACGCCUACCUGGGAAGGUGCAGGAGCGCUCCUCGGUUCUCCUUCUGGGACAGGUGUUCCAGGGGUAGUCCGACUCCACGCAGUAGGAGCAGAGACCCUGUUGACGGCGCAGGGGGAAGGUGCAUCGUGCCCACCUCCAUGGGCUCAGUCUCGCUGGAGGUUCCUGGGAGAGAACCGAACCCCCGGGAUGGGCGAUGACGGGCACGCAGGAGGUUAUCCAGGUGGAUGGCCAUGGCGAUGAGCUGGUCCAGUAUGAGAUCCUCAUCGCGACAGGCCAGCUCGGUCUGGACGUCCGCCUGUAGCCCGCUGUGGAAAACCGUCAACAGGGCCUGGUCGUUCUAGCCAGUGGACGCAGCAACCGUCCGGAAAUCCAGAGCGUACUACGACGCUGUCCUGGACCCCUGGCGUAGACGGAGGAGACUCUCACCUCCCUCUCGGCCCUCUGUUGGGUGGUCGAAGACGGCACGGAAGAGUUGGGUGAAGCGCUCAUAGUACUGCACUUCUGGACCGUCCCUCUCCCAGACGGCGUGGGCCCACUCCAGAGCCCGGCCUGUCAGCCCCGAGAUCACCAAGGCCACCUUGUCCCUCUGAGGCCAUCCCGGCAUGACGGGCAAGGUGGAGGUCACACUGCAGGAGAAACCUCCUACAGUGAGCUGGGGUGCUGUCAAUUAGUAGGAGAGAUACCGCUCAGGAAAACAAGCAACAUAUACAAUGACCGACAAAGACAAAUGACAGAGGGAGUAUAUGUACGGUGAUGAAGUAGGGAUUGGAACCAGGUGUGUGCAAUGAUGUCGAGACAAGUCCGGGGUUGAUGCGUGAAGGGCGUUUGCCAGCAGCAGGUUCGGCAGCAGCUAGAAGGACUUCAACGCCGAACGCCUGAGCUGGAAAGGAGGGGGAGCCAAAGCGAAGGCUGGUGUGACAGUAUACAUAUUUCAUGUGGUUGAAAUAAUAUCAGCUUUUAUGAUGCUGACAAAGAUAGCACCUCUACGGAUGGUCCCUAACUACACAUUCGCAUUCUCUCAAGAUGCUGAAAGAAAUAAAUAAUUUCUCCGCUCCUGUUCCCAAGUCAAAAUGUACAUUUGGUGUAUCGUUUAACUGCAAUCAAUUCUUAAUUCUGCGGGAGUUAAUAUUAAGACUAUAUGAGAGGUUGUAGACCUCCAGUCAGUGUCCAGAUUUCAGUUUCCAUUGAACCCAUCUGAACAGUAGGCUACAGUUCCCUAGGCCUAUUUGAUGGAUGUCUUGUGACUGUCAAAUUUGUAUAACACCUCACAAUCAUCACACAUAACAUAGGCACUGCUAUCAUCCUCUUUUAACACUUUACCAAAUCUUCCCCAAACAUUAGCCUACUUUUCUGGCUCACUCUUCCCUUAAUUUUCACCUCCAUUUUGCAGGUUUUGUCUUAUUGAAUUAAACUCCGACAUUGUCCUUUUUGCCUCAGUGGAUCAACAUCAACUUUUUCUCCCUGUUCCCAAAAGCGAUUGACGUGUAGGCUAUUUGCCACUUUAGGCAAAGUUAGGCCCUAAAGCUUAGGUUUACGCACUAAUGCCAGAUAGCCUAAAAAUAAUGAAAGAAAAACCUCAAUGUAACCUAUAGAUAUACACUACCGGUCAAAAGUUUUAGAACACAUACUCACAGCGGUGUUACUGAGGGGCUGGGAGGUGACUGUCGUGGCCGGCUGCCUCACAGAUAGUCUGCUGAAUUGCUCCAGCAAGAUAUUCAAGGCACGAUCAUGGCGUUCUGCCAAGGUCUGGAAUCCUUCCAUAAGACCCCGAAGUAACUCCUCAUAACUCCCAAUGGUGUCUCCCUGGGAGGAGACGGCGUUGCGGAGCUGGUCCGAGUCUGCUGGGUCAGUCAUGGCCAGUUCCUACUAUCAGACCUCAGGAUAAGACCCAGAUGCAGACAGUUCGAAAUAACAAAAGUUUAUUUACAAAACAGGGGGGCAGGCAAACAACAGGGCAGGCAGAGGUCAGUAAUCCAAGGCAGAGUCUGUAAGGUACAGAACGGCAGGCAGGCUCAGGGUCAUGGCAGGCAGAAUGGUCAAAACUGGGAGAACUAGAAAACAGGAACUAACGAGAAACUAGAGUACAGGAAAAAACGCUGGUAGGCUUGACGAGACAAGAUGAACUGGCAACAGACAAACAAAAAACACAGGUAUAAAUGCACAGGGGAUAAUGGGGAAAAUGUGCGACACCUGAAGGUGGGUGGAGACAAUCACAAGACAGGUGAAACAGAUCAGCGUGUGACAAAAAUAGAUUUUAUAUUUGAGAUUCUUCAAAUAGCCACUCUUUGCCUUGAUGACAGCUUUGCACACUCUUGGCAUUCUCUCAACCAGCUUCACCUGGAAUGCUUUUCCAACAGUCUUGAAGGAGUUCCCACAUAUGCUGAGCACUUGUUGGCUGCUUUUCCUUAACUCUGCCGUCCGACUCAUCCUAAACCAUCUCAAUUGGGUUGAGGUCGGGGGAUUGUGGAGGCCAGGUCAUCUGAUGCAGCACUCCAUCACUCUCCUUCUUGGUAAAAUAGCCCUUACACAGCCUGGAGGUGUGUUGGGUCAUUGUCCUGUUGAAAAACAAAUGAUAGUCCCACUAAGCCCAAACCAGAUGGGAAGGCGUAUUGGACCAAAGGACACAUUUCCACAGGUCUAAUGUCCAUUUGCUUGGGCCAAGAAACACGAGCAGUCUCUUCUUGGCCCUGUGUAGCUCAGUUGGUAGAGCAUGGCGUUUGCAACGCCAGGGUAGUGGGUUCGAUCCCCGGGACCACCCAUACGUAAAAAUGUGUGCACACAUGACUGUAAGUCGCUUUGGGUAAAAGCGUCUGCUAAAUGGCAUAUUAUUAUUAUAUUCUUAUUCUUAUUAUUGGUGUCCUUAAGUAGUGGUUUCUUUGCAGCAAUUCGACCAUGAAGGCCUGAUUCACACAGUCUCCUCUGAACAGUUUAUGUUGAGAUGUGUCUGUUACUUGAACUCUGUGAAGCAUUUAUUUGGGCUGCAAUUUCUGAGGCUGGUAACUCUAAUGAACUUAUCCUCUGCAGCAGAGGUAACUCUGGGUCUUCCAUUCCUGUGGCGGUCCUCAUGAGAGCCAGUUUCAUCAUAGCGCUUGAUGGUUUUUGCAACUGCACUUGAAGAAACUGUUCAAGUUCUUUACAUUUUCCGUGUUGACUGACCUUCAUGUGUUAAAGUAAUGAUGGACUGUCGUUUCUCUUUGGUUAUUUGAGCUGUUCUUGCCAUAAUAUGAACUUGGUCUUUUACCAAAUAGGGCUGUCUUCUGUAUACCUUGUCACAACACAACUGAUUGGCUCAAACGCAUUAAGAAGGAAAGAAAUUCCACAAAUUAACUUUUAAGAAGGCACACCUGUUAUUUGAAAUGCAUUCCAGGUGACUACCUCAUGAAGCUGGUUGAGAGAAUGCCAAGAGUGUGCAAAGCUGUCAUCAAGGCAAAGGGUGGCUAUUUGAAGAAUCUCAAAUAUAAAAUAUAUUUUGAUUUGUUUAACACUUUUUUGGUUACUACAUGAUCCAAAUGUGUUAUUUCAUCGUUUUGAUGUCUUCACUAUAGCAAAAAUAAAGAAAAACCCUUGAAUGAGUAGAUGUUCUAAAACUUUUGAGCUGUAGUGUACAUUUCACAAGAAUUAUACAUGUAUGGCUUUUUGUAUGUAUUGUUUGAGUCCAACUGCCACGAGGGCCUAAAAUUAACACCAGCCACAUGCGGGUAGAAUUUGGCAUUGGCGGGUAAGAUGUCUAUUUCACUAGCCACGUUGGCGGAUGGUCAGGGCUCCACAGUGCGAGCGUUUCACUCGCAUUUGUGAAAAAAAAUAGGAAAUUAUGAACACAUUUAUAGUAAAAUAAAUUCUGCAGUAGCUGUUUUGAAAGUAUUUCUACUGUUUUGUUUCAUAGCUAGUAAAUUAAUCGCACAAAGUCAAGGAAUCAUUAAUCCUAAAUAGCCUGUUCCACCAGUGCUGCAACACUGCCUGGCUGAAUUCAUUAGGCCCUAAUCUAUGGAUUUCACAUGACUGGGCAAGGGCGCAGUCAUGGGUGGGCCUGGGAAGGAAUAUACCCACCCACUUCGGAGCCAGGCCCACCCACUCAGAAUGAGUUAUUCCCCACAUAAGGGCUUUAUUACAGACAGAAAUACUCCUCAGCGCCCCCUCAGAUGAUCCUGCAGAUGAUCCUGGGGCGGCAGGUAGCUUAGUGGGUAAGAGCGUUGUGCCAGUAACCGAAAGGUCGCUGGUUCUAAUCCCCGAGCCGACUAGGUGAAAAAUCUGUCGAUGUGCCCUUAAGCAAGGCACUUAACCCUAAUUGCUCCUGUAAGUCGCUCUGGAUAAGAGCGUCUGCUAAAUGACUAAAAUGUAAAUGUAAAAUAAGAAGCCGGAUGUGGAGGUCCUGGGCUGGCGUGGUUACAUGUGGUCUGCGGUUGUGAGGCCGAUUGGAAGUGCUGCCUAAUUCUCUAAAAUGACGGAGGCGGCUUAUGGUAGAGAAAUUAACAUUACAUUCUCUGGCAACAGCUCUGGUGGACACUCCUGCAGUCAGCAUGCCAAUUGCACACUCCUUCAACUUGAGACAUCUGUGGUAUUGUGUUGUGUGACAGAACUGCACAUUUUAGUGGCCCUUUAUUGUCCCCAGCACAAGGUGCACCUGUGUAAUGAUCAUGCUGUUUAAUCAUCUUUUUGAUAUGCCACACCUGUCAGGUGCAUGGAUUAUCUUGGCAAAUGAGAAAUGAUCACUAACAGGGCUGUAAACAAAUUUGGUCAAAACAUUUGAGAGAAAUACACUUUUUGUGCGUAUGGAAAAUGUCUGGGAUCUUUUAUUUCAGCUCAUGGAACAUGGGACCAACACCUUGGGACCGUUUAUAUGGGACCGUUUAUAUAUUUUUUCAGUAUACAUUGUUUUGUUGACAAGUGAGGUUGUUUUUCUAUGUUUGAGUUUCAAAGUCAGACUCAAUCUCACAUGCACAAACAUGACUCCAGUCGUGCUACCACGGUAACCUCCUGCACUUAAAGGGGCAGGUUAAUCUUUUUGUCUCAUCUGUGAUAUUUUGGUUAAAAGACUCAAGUCACAAAAAAUUACAGGGUUGGCACAAGGUGCUUAAAGUACUUGAAUUUGGCUUGCUGAAAUUCAAGUACUGGAUUACCUUGAAAAUCAGACAUUUUCUUAGAUUGGUACUUAAAAAGUACCUGAAUUAAAAUGAGAGGAGAACAGAAAAUGAUCAAAUAUGUUAACAUGAAAAAUAUUAGAAAAAUGUAUUGGUCUUGCGAAUUUCCAGGCAGAUUACAUCGUUUUAUUUCCUCACGUGUUUCGCGCUCUGGUUGCCAGGCGAGUUUGCUCGUUCCACCCACACUGGCACUCAUCCAGGCAUGUACAGAACUGACUGAUUUAAGCGUUGCCAUACGUCAUAUCGAUAGCUAAAAUUCCAGGCAAAUGUAGAUUUAAUCCUGCCUGUCAGGAUAUUGAUGUUUCUGAAUGGAUUUUUUUAUCAGACCCAACCAGGGAUGUAGUGGAGGGUAAACGCCGUUUACGGACCUUUUUAUUUGUUUUCCCACUUAUUAUUGCUUUCACAGCGUUGAAAAACGCUCAAAAGGCUUUUUGAUCGGAGUUCUACUAAUUACGCCUACCUCUGCGAACAAGUGGAGUCAUGAGGGAUUCGUGUAUGCUUGUUAUGUUCGCCUGCUACCCCAGAUUUGCCUUGUUAGCAGCGCUGUCAUUCACCACUCUGUCCAACGGGAACCUCUGCCUACGACAUAGGCCGAGAGGUGAAACAAACUACCUCAGCCCAGACCUACAGUGGCAAGUGGCAGAGAGUGGGAUUUAUUUUUUUACAUCCCUCAACUCCUACCGUGUCAACAGACAUCCCCCAAACAAAAACCCCCUGACUCUCUGAGAAUGAGUGUACAACUGGUCAAUAGUCGCUGAUAUUUCAGUCAGAUGUCUAGCUAGCUAGGUAGCUCAAGGGCUCUGGCUAUUAGCCAGGUAGCUAGCUAUAACUAGCUGGCUAGAAGGGUGAAUUUAGAAGCUAAUGUUGAACGGAGCCUGACAGCAGGAGCAGAUGACUGAAAUUAAGCUAGCUAUGAUCAAAAGAUGGGCUACUAUAAUUUCUCAUAACAAAAUACCUUUUAUUCACAGAGAGUAGUGAGACAGACAGUGGUGAGUCAGGCAGCAAUGAAGGAGGCAAAUGAGAUACAAAGAAAGAGGAAGCAUUGAAGCAAGCAGGGAGAGAGGUUAGUAGUACAGUGGUUCCCAAACUUGGGGUACGGGACCCAUGUGGGGUACCUUAAAAUGUAAAUCAGGUCCCCUGAGAGAAUCUUUAAUCUUAAUAAACACAUUAAUAACAUUAUCAUGUACACUGAACAAAAAUAUAAAUGCAAAAUGCAACAUUUUCAAAGAUUUUACUGAGUUACAGUUCAUAUAAGGAAAUCAGUCAACAUCAUCAGUACUGACUUACCACUUGUGUGUAGUAAAUAAGUAGUGAAACACAUAUUAUUGAGUAGAACUUGUAAGGUAGUGAUGAAUAGUAAGGUAGUUUGUUUUUUUCAUGAGGUUGUGGCAAUAUACUGCGAUCUUGUGGCAACUAGAAACAAUUGCAUAAUUGGAACUAUUACAAAUUGAUGGUCCUUGAAAAUAAAUAUUAGUGCUUGAAAAAGUACUUGAUAGUCCUUGAAUUUGACUUGCCACUGUCUGUACGAACCCUGAAAUUAAAAUUAACCAUAUACCACAUUGCUUCUUACUAGUAAUACAUUUGUUUUAGAAACAUUACAAAGCAUGCUCAUCCGUUUUGAUGUUGAUGUAAUUUUAGUGCACAUUUGUAAUUUGGGCUGGUAAAAAAAAAUCUUGAGUGGCUGGUGGACAAAAAAGUUAAUUUUAUGACCUGACCGCCACCCACCUGCCCUUCAUCCACACAACAUUUCAUUAUCCUAAACCUGCAUGCCCCGCGUAUAUAACCAUGGGGACUGCGGGUUAUGAGUCAGCCCGUGCAUCACUAGUGUGUGUGGUGGAAGUAUUUGUCGGACAAUGUCAACGUGUGACGUAAGAGCGUAACACCUGAAUGCAUUUCCUAGGAGUAAAACAAAAAAUAAUUCUAGCACUUUCUGUGACGAUGUCUUUUUAGAAACGCUACUCAAAAUGACAUUGAAAUGCCCUUUUUAUCCUUUCCCCCUCUAGAUCCCAGGCUUCUGUCAGGGUGAGAGUACCAUACCAGGCAUGGAGAACCAGUUUAACUGUGAUGUCAUUGUGGGCUACAAGUCCAUGUGCUUCACCAUUACCUGCUUCUUCUUCCUCUUCUCAGCCAUCAUGGUCCGCAUCCAGAGCAGCAAAGACCCGCGUGCAGCCAUUCAGAAUGGGUGAGCUCCAAUUAAGAUUAAGAUCACUUUAUUAAUCAAUUGUAUACAAGGUCCAACCAAAAUGUGACCUCUGCUUUUUCCCAGCCCCCCCGAAAGACACACAUACAUAUACAGGUUGGAGCGGGGGGCUGCAACACUGGGCGCCUGUGGAGCAGGUGUGGGGGCUUAAGCGCCUUGCUUAAGGGCACAACGGCAGGCAAUUUGAGGAUUUGAUACCAGCAACCCUCCAGCUUACUUCCCCCCCAGAUUUUUCCCGUCAGACCCGGGAUUCGAACUGGCACCUUCCGGUUGCUGGCUCACCUUUAACCGCUAGGCUACCUGCCGCCCCACCACUUCACCGUUUGUAUUUCCAGUCGGCGAAACGGUUUGAAGUGACAUAAUGACAAUCAGAAACCGGUCUAUGUCAUUUCAACCCAUUUUGGGUUAGUACUGUAAUAAGUUGUGUACAAAUCAUGUAUAAGACCUUUUUGUAACUUUCAGGCUCAAGUUCACUGGCUUCUCUUAGAGAAGACUCAUAAAAAAAUUUGGACGUACUAUGCUUUUGUGUCACAGUCUAUGUGAAACCUGUGUUUUCUUCCCUGUUUCUGGUUCUUUAAGUUUCUGAUCCUGGUUGGCAUCACUGUGGGAGCCUUCUUCAUCCCAGAUGGAACCUUCAAUACUGGUACUUUGAUGAUCACAGUAAACUUUAAAUGACUGCCAAGUGACUUCUGACAGUACUGGCUUAAUCAUUGGCAAAUGACUAGCAAACAGGAACAUUGUUAUGUUCAGGGUACAGUGCAUCGGUGGAAAAACAUUUUCCCUCUGAAAGAUCCUCAACCUUGAGCGAUUGAGUUAUUACAUGUAAAGUAUGCUGUUUAUGCUCUUGUGAACAAAAGCAAUCAGACAAAUCUAAAAAAUUGCAUUUCAGGGCUCACCAAAAUAUUUAUCUUAUAGCCAUCACUGGGAAGUAAUCAAAUAAUGUAGAAGCCAAUUUAAUUCUGUUGAACUAGCACAUUGUUUACUGCAAGAAAGAAAGCAAUUACUUUUUAAAUAUGGUCUGCACUGUGUUUAUAUAAACUAAAAUAGGACAUCCCUCACUUACUUAUCCUAUUUAUUACCAAGCUGAAAAUUAUAAUGCAUUCAAAUAUAACCACACAAUAUUUGAUAAAGGAAGUAGGAGAGUGAACCUAUAGGCAAAGCACAAUAACCACACUGUUAUACACUAUAUAUACAAAAGUAUGUGGACACCCCUUCAAAUUAGUGGAUUUGACUAUUUCAGCCACACCCGUUGCUAAAAGGUGUAUAAAGUCGAGCACACCGCCAUGCAAUCUCCAUAGACAAACAUUGGCUGUAGAAUGGCCUUACUGAAGAGCUCAGUGACUUUCAACAUGGCACCGUUAUAGGAUGCCACCUUUCCAACAAGUCAGUUCGUCAAAUGUUUUGCCCUGCUAGAGCUGCCCCGGUCAACUGUAAGUGUUGUUAUUGUGAAGUGUAAACGUCUAGGAGCAACAACGGCUCAGCCGCGAAGUGGUAGGCCACACAAGCUCACAGAACGGGACCGCCGAGUGCUGAAGCGUGUAAAUAUAAUCUGUCCUCGGUUGCAACACCCACUACCGAGUUCCAAACUGCCUCUGGAAGGAACUUCAGCACAAGAACUGUUCGUCAGAAGCUUCAUGAAAUGGGUUUCCAUGGCCUAAGAUCACCAUGCGCAAUGCCAAAUGUGGGCUGGAGUGGUGUAAAGCUCGCCACCAUUGAACUCUGGAGCAGUGGAAACGCGUUCUCUGGAGUGAUGAAUCACGCUUCACCAUCUGGCAGUCCGACGGACAAAUCUGGUUUUGGAGAAUGCCAGGAGAACACGCUACCUUCUCAAAUGCAUAGUGCAAACUGUAAAGUUUGGUGGAGGAUAAAUAAUUGUCUGGGACUGUUUUUCAUGGUUCGGGCUAGGACCCUUAGUUCCAGUGAAGAUAAAUCUUAAAGCUACAGCAUACAAUGACGUUCAAGACGAUUCUGUGCUUCCAACUUUGUGGCAACAAUUUGGGGAAGGCUCUUUCCUAUUUUAGAAUGACAAUGCCCCCGUGCACAAAGCGAGGUCCAUACAGAAAUGGUUUGGAAGAACUUGACUGGCCUGCACAGAGCCCUGAUCUCAACCCCAUUGAACACCUUUGGGAUGAAUUGGAACGCCGACUCCAAGCCAGGCCUAAUCGCCCAACGUCAGUGCCCGACCUCGCUAAAGCUCUUGUGGCUGAAUGGAAGCAAGUCCCCGCAGCAAUGUUCCAACAUCUAGUGGAAAGCCUUCCCAGAAGAGUGGAGGCUGUUAUAGCAGCAAAGGGGGGACCAACUCCUUAUUAAUGUCCAUGAUUUUGGAAUAAGAUGUUUGACGAACAGGUGUCCACAUACUUUUGGUCAUGUAGUGUAUACUUUUAUAAACAAUGGAAAACUCACAUUUCAUUCCCUCACAAUGCCCUAGUGUUAGUUAAACUUGAUGUCAAUCACCAUGUCUGUCCAUCCCAUGCUAUGGGAUCCAGGAAGUGGGUUGUAUUUAUUUGUUUAUUGAUCCGUCUCUUACCUCCCCCGACAGUGUGGUUUUACUUUGGCGUGGUUGGCUCCUUCAUCUUCAUCGUCAUCCAGCUCAUCCUUCUCAUCGACUUUGCCCACUCUUGGAACAAGAUAUGGGUGGGGAAUGCCGAAGAGGGCAACUCAAAGUGCUGGUUUGCAGGUACAGUUACAGUACUUUCUCCAGAGGACAUAGUACCUUAAUGCUGCUCAAGAAGUUAUACUACCAUGACUGUGUUUAUUAUUCUAGAGCAGCAGGGUUCUUCCUGCUCCUGGGGGCCCACAGGGUGUGCAUGCAUUUGUUCCAGCCAUAUACUAAUACCUGAUUUAACUAGCCAAUCAACUAAUCAUCAACCCUUGAUACGUUGGAUACAUUGAAUGUGGUGUUAGUAGUAAUGGACUGGAACAAAAGCCUGCACUCAUUGUGGCUGUCCAGGAACAGGAUUAAAGAACACUGUUCUAGAGAGAACAUAGAACCAGUAUAUGCAUCUGAAGAGUAUGGGGGUGUUCGUCAUACAUGACUGUUUUUACCAACCCUCUCCAUGUUGCCCCUCUCUCCCUCAGGCCUGUUGUCAUUCACCUUCCUCCACUACGCACUGGCCUUCACCUCAGUGGUGCUGUUCUACAUCUACUACACCCAGCCUGACGACUGCACCGAGCACAAGGUCUUCAUCAGCCUCAACCUCAUCUUCAGCGUCAUCAUCUCCAUCGUCUCCAUCCUGCCCAAAGUACAGGUAUUGUGGCUGUUUCAUUGCCCUCCUUCUCAAAUGAAGGAACAGUUUUAGCAAAUAUAUCAGUAAUAAUUGAUACAAUGUUUGGUAAGGGAAUGCUUUUAUUAGUCCGUUUUUGUUGAUAACGGUGUUGACAAUUGUAUGCAUUGCAUGGUGAUGAAUUUGUUCCACCGCAUACAUGUGUUUACCAGUGCCAGUCACAGGAAGCCCCAGUCUGGUCUGCUCCAGGCCUCUCUCAUCUCCCUCUACACCAUGUAUGUCACCUGGUCCGCCAUGACCAACAACCCAGGUGAGUCUCAGCCUCUUUCCCAUUCCAGUUUCAACAGAGUUUCUGCCAUUGUUGUCAUUUUGACUUUCUCCCUCCAGUUUAUCUUUGCUUUCCAAACCACUGCAGCACUAUGAGUGUUACCUACUGGUGAGUUUGGCAUACUUUGGUAGUUCACCCCCCUUCCCCAACCUGUUACAUUUACUAGGGCCUGGAGUUGUUUUCUGGUUAAGUCACAUGGUCAGGAAAAACUCCUGGUCCUACUUAUGUUCCAUGCUUGUACUUGUGCUUGUAGUGGGUCAGUAGAAAAGCUCAGACAGGUGUUGGAGUGUCUCUAUAAGAGCCUGCGAUCAAGUGUUGUAAUUAAGAGACACAUCUGUUGUAAUAGUAGGUUUAGAGCCCUGGCUGUUGCCUUCCUCAAGACUGCAGGUCGCUUUAUGUGUUUUUUUUCUUCCACAUAACUAUCCUACAUUCUAUGGCUGAUUUGCUGUGUGUGUGUCUCAGAUCGUAAGUGUAACCCCAGCCUGCUGAGUCUGGUGUCAAAUGUCAGCUCCAGUGAGCCCACACCCACCAAUGCCCCAGGACUGGUGCAGUGGUGGGACGCCCAGAGCAUCGUGGGUUUGGUCAUCUUCCUCUUCUGCACUCUCUAUGCCAGGUAGCUAGCUACUCCAAUUUGGAUCCAUAUCAUGGCUGCUUAUUGAAUUGUCUGUUAUGCUAUGAUCUUGAGAGAUCUCCCAUGCUGACCCCUGGUCUCUCUCUAUUUGUCUCUCCACACCUCUCUCUCCCCUUCUCUCUUCUUUCUCCCUUUCUCUAUGUCUGUCUCAUUCACUUUUUCCAUUCUCUUUCCCGCGUUCCCACACCUUUUUAGCUUAGCUUUUCCUUAUGGUGCUUUUUAGUCAUUCAGUUUUUAUUGUUAUUCUUUUGUUUUUUAUCCUCUUAUUUUUGUUGUGUAGUAAAUAUUUCAGUUUUAGUUUUUAUUAGUUUUUUUAUGUGAAGCACAUUGUGUUGCAUUCCAUGUCUGAAAUGUGCUGUAUAAAUAAAGCUUGAUUUGAUUUGACUCCCUCCGUCAGUAUCCGUUCGUCCAGCAACACCCAGGUGAACAAGCUGAUGCAGACCGAGGAGGGCGGGGGUUAUGGAGGAGAGGGCGAGGUAGGGGAGGACAAUGUGCGGCGGGCCGUGGAUAAUGAGGAGGAGGGGGUCACCUACAGCUAAUCUUUCUUCCACUUCCACCUCUGCUUGGCCUCCCUCUACAUCAUGAUGACACUCACCAACUGGUACCAGUAAGUACAGUAACAGCUGACCAGCAGAGCCACAGCUCUAUAGAAAUGUUAGAACAUUUUCAAAUAUUUCUAGGUGUCCUAUUGGGUAGGUUGUGUAUGUAUUCCUUGUCAGUUUGAAAGCCAUGGGAUCAGGAGGGAUAUUUAUUUGGGUGAAUCUCAAUAGCCUUUGUGUGAAAGCAAAUCCCUGAUAGGCAGCAUUAAUCCACCAUAUUGCUCUGACCUGUUCUGUGUUUUCAGAUCAGUCUAAAUUAAAGGGAUGAGACGAGGAUAGAAAGCCACUAUAAAGAUACACUCUUUAAACUGACACCUUCUCCCUUCCUUCCUCAGGCCUGACACCACCACCCAGGCCAUGCAGAGCAGUAUGCCAGCUGUGUGGGUGAAGAUCAGCUCCAGUUGGCUGGGCCUGGGCCUCUACCUCUGGACUCUGCUCGCCCCUCUCAUGUUUCCCGACCGAGACUUCGGCUGA